CAAAAACCCCCCUCAAGAUAUUUCAACCGUCGGGGCUGCGCUACUCUACUCUCUCUUAUCUAGUUCUAUCUCCAAAACAUGGUAAGAAUAAACAAAAUUGCAGAAUUCUGAAAAUCUCCAUAAUUUAUUCAUUCAAUUAAAUUCUUAAAUGGCUUGUUUACCAAACCCUUUCUCUUUAAUUUCUCAAAAAACAAUUUCUAGACAUUCUUCUUCUUCUUCAUCAUCCUUUACAAUGAGCACCACUACAAAGGCUAUGGCUAAACAGAUUUACUUUAAUCAUGACGGUUCUGUCACUAAGAAACUUCAGGCAGGGGUGGAUCUAGUGGGAGAUUUGUUGGGAGUGACAUUGGGUCCCAAAGGUAGAAAUGUGGUUUUGCCAAAUAAGUAUGGACCUCCAAGAAUUGUUAAUGAUGGUGAGACUGUUCUCAAAGAGAUUGAGUUGGAAGAUCCUCUAGAGAAUGUUGGGGUGAAGUUGGUAAGACAAGCUGGUGCUAAAACUAAUGAUCUUGCUGGUGAUGGCUCGACAACAUCGAUAGUUCUUGCUCGUGGCCUUAUUGAUGAGGGUGUGAAGGUCACUGCAGCAGGCAGGAAUCCUAUCCAAAUCUCACGUGGGAUCGAGAAGACAGCAAAAGCUCUUGUUUCACAGCUGCAACUAAUGUCUAGAGAGAUUGAAGAUCGAGAAAUUGCAGAUGUGGCUGCCGUUAGUGCAGGAAAUGAUUAUGCAGUAGGCAAUAUGAUUGCAGAAGCUCUUGAAAAAGUCGGUAAAAAAGGUGUUGUAAGAAUUGAGAGAGGAACUAGCACGGAAAAUAGACUGCAGGUUGUAGAAGGAAUGCAGUUUGAUAGAGGGUUCUUGUCCCCUUACUUUGUUACUGAUCGAAGAAGGAUGACAGUAGAGUAUGACAAUUGCAAGGUGUUGUUAGUUGACAAAAAGAUAACUCAUCCUAAGGAGGUGUUUAAGAUGUUGGAAAACGCGGUUAAAGGAGAUUUUCCGAUCUUGAUAAUAGCGGAGGCCAUAGAGCAGGAAGCACUGGCCCCAAUAAUCAGGAACAAAUUGAAGGGUGCUCUGAAAGCUGUUGCAAUCAAGGCGCCUGCGUUUGGUGAACGUAAAAGUCACUGCUUAGAUGACAUUGCUAUCUUAACAGGAGGAACUGUAGUCAGAGAUGAAAUAGGCCUUAAUCUAGAAAAGAUAGGAAUGGAUGUAUUAGGGUCUGCUACGAAAGUCGUAGUGACGAACAAAUCUACUUUGAUUGUUACUGAUGGAAGCACAAGACAAGCCGUUGAACACAGAAUAUCUGAACUUAAAGCAUAUGCUGAGAAUGUUGAAGGUGAUUUUCAACAAAAUAUAAUUCAUGAGAGAAUAGCAAGGUUAUCUGGGGGUAUCGCUAUCAUUGAGGUUGGAGCUCCAACACAGAUCGAGCUCAAGGAUAAACAUCUACGGAUUCAAGAUGCAUUGAAUGCAGCUAAGGCGGCUGUUGAAGAAGGUGUUGUCGUUGGUGGUGGAUGUACCCUUUUACGACUGUCACUGACGGUUGAUGAAAUCAAAGAACAGCUUGAUAAUGAAGAGCAAAAGGUUGGCGCAGAGAUCUUCAGACGGGCUUUGACUUACCCAAUAAGAAAGAUUGCGGAAAAUGCAGGUGUUAGUGGCAGUGUAGUUGUACAAAAGGUUCUUAGUAAUGAUAACCUGAGAUACGGGUACAAUGCUGCAAGUGAUUGCUAUCAAGAUCUAAUGGAGGUUGGAAUUAUUGAUCCUACAAAGGUGGUCAGGUGUUGCUUGGAGCAUGCAGCUUCUGUUGCAAAGGCAUUUCUGCUGUCAGAUGCUGUUGCUGUUGAAAUUCAAGAAAAACAACCAUUUCCAAGGAGACCUGCAAUGCCAUCAAUGCCUCCAAUGCCUUCAAUGCCACCAAUGCCAUCAAGGCCACCAAUGCCCAUGUCAGGUAUCAGACCUCGAGGCAUUUGAUGGAUCUUUAUAACACAGAAGCAAUUGCUUGGAAAAUAGUUACCUAGCUUGGUUCUGUUCCGAGCUGAAUAUCAUCUUACUGUUCUCUUACAGUCUCAUUUCAGAGAGCAAUGCUGAUAUGUUUGUCAUGCGUUCAUGAUCGUUAAGGUGCAAAUGAGGUUGAACAGGAAGGACUAAGACCAAGGACAUUAACCAAUUUAUAUUAUUCAUCCUAAAAUCAAAACAUUGAUGUUUGUACAUAUUUUUAUUGGAAGCAUUACAUAAUUCAAGUACAGCUAGUUUCCUGAGAGACCGUCUCUUUGAGAGACGUAUUUCAAGCCCAACCCAUUAAAGAUUAAUGCCUAUUUACCGUAUUCUUAAUGCUUACUUAUAUUA